CUCGCCGUUCUCCGUUGUCGCCCUUCCUCUUCUCUCCCAUACAUCAUCAUCCUCGUAGGAAACGGGCGGAAACUGGCUCCGCCAACGCCCCGAACAGCAGGGUGCAACCCUACAUGAGCAACGGUUCUCCUUCCGCCUACCUCUUGUGGGCCCUGUUAUCCACUUCCGUGCGUUGCUUGUUUCGCGUAUCGCGUGCGAGUCCCGGUUUCUUAUCCUCCCAUCUGGCGCGCCUCUAGUUCUUCACAUUCAUGCUUGUGCACCUAUGGAACUACGACAAAUUCCAAUGUCUGAGAUGGGACUCGGGACGACAGCCAGGCGCUUUCAAACGGGUCAUGACCUAUUCCUACUCCAUUACGCUACCACUCUUGAUGUUGUAUUCGGUGGCCAUGGCGGUUCUCAAGUAUAAAGAGGGGUACAUAAUGCUCGAAGAUGGCACUAUUUGUCCCCGGGUAUUCGAGGAUUGGCAGCACGAACAUCUUCGGUGGAUCUUACCCCUCUACUUUGUUCUCAGUAUCGCCUGGUCGCUGGAGCUGAUCACGCAUCUGGAAGAGCUCACAUUCUGGCUCUUCCUCCUACACCAGGGACCGCGCAAACGUGAUUGGUUCAACUGCUGGGAAUUCCGGGCGUGGUACUGUGGAAGUAUAGUUGCCGUUCUGGGGAUGCCCUUGACCACGCUUGUCAAACGGGCUGAUUUGGACCUGACCUUGCCAUGGAUCUUUGUCGCUGGCGGUUCUGCUGGAACGUUCACCACGAUCUGCUUCAUCUACGUGCUUGUGACCUUCCCUCCAUUCAUUCGUAGUGUCAAGAUCGAAGGUGCUGAACCGGACGUUGUUGUGCGACUGACGAGUUUUUACCAUCUCAAUUGCAUUCGUGUCAUCUUCCGAUUUCUUUUCACUGUUCCCUUGACAAUUCUUGGGUUCGAUGGGUUACUUGAUUCUUCACUUUCAGUGGUGUCUAGUCCAUUUUGGUCUGAUAUCCUAUUGAUGACUGGAGGAAUUGGUGCUUUCGUCUCAUCUGCAAUCACACUGCUGGCAAGUCUCCAGGUACUAUUGCGAUCGCUUUCUCACGGCCACUGCAGGUCUUUUUUCCGCGGUCGACCACAACUGAGGUUGGGUAUCAGGCACAAGAUCCUGGCAAACGUCGGGACGGUGCUUCGACUCCUCUUCCGGAUUACGAACAUCAACCCCCUUCUCGACAGCCAUCCCAAAAAGCUCUUUCGUCUAUCCAAACUCAUAUGCCAAAUACCCAUAUUCAAUCCCAAGGGGAUAUCGACUUGACUGCCGAUCCGGUCUCGCCUCACCGCUCUUAUGCCCCAUCUGGUUCUCGAUCUGAUGACACCGUAUGGGAUGGUACACCCAAGCCUGGUCCCUCUCGACGUUCAGCUUUUGCCUUCGACGGCGCUCCCAUUUAUGUCGAAGAAGCCUCUUCCACUUCAUCAUAUCCCGUUGUCCAUCCUUAUGCACGUCGCUCGUUCUCCAUAUUUGCACAACACUGACAGAGAACAGGUUAUGCAUUUCACCUCACCUAUCGAUCUCUCCGAAGAAACAUCCUCUUGACAGAAGGGAUGCAAAUACAAUGACCGCCUUACGACAGCUUCUGCUCGUGCUUUUCGCUUCUAGGUCUCUACAUGCUAGGAACACCCUCAUCUUACCUUAUCUUUGCUGGGAGCGGGAGUUAUUUUAUCUAAUGGUAUUUCUGUACUCAGUAGCGACCAUGUAACCGGACAGAGAAUGUACUAUAGUCAAAAGCUUUUUCAUCGUCAAAACAGCGCAUGGUAGUGGUCAAAUGAAAUAUAGACUGUCAGCGCUUUCCGCCAUCAAAUCUCCCCCAAGGUUAUCCACAUCUCUGCAACUGAGCCCGACAGACUUCACCGUCAGUGCGAGACUUGUGCGUAUGAACAGUCCCUACAUCGCAUCCACGGUGAACAUCGCAGAGCUGGACUCCCAAGCAAUGCGCCACAACCUGUUACGGGACUACGGCUCGGCCAAGGAGAACGCUGCAGAGGUCGUCCUCAGGCCCUGACGGACGCCGUUUCCGAGCUCGAUUCAUCUUGCCGUACAUUCGUUCGUCCUCGGUACAUCCUGGGCAGUGGGUGAGUCUUAUGGGGUCACGUCGCUGUCUCGUCCGCGCUCAACAGAUCCGUGGAUAAGCUUUUAAGGUAGAGCCGCCCGCAAGUGUCGAGCGGGACCGACGACCGCGCUCCACCAUCGUUGCAGCUGUUGAGCCAUUUCGUUCAGCGGACAAUGGGAGGGAUCGUGUUUGAGGCAAAAGACGCGACGUCGUCACUCCGGCUUUGGGCUCUUCCAUUCUAGCAUACGCUCGCACGUGCGCAUUGUCCCGGUCCGCGGGAGCAAAUCGCUGAGCCACCCUGAAUAGGAUACCAGCGGACAGCCUGGAGCUGCCACGCUACAGCGACUGAGGACUGCAAAAUGCGGUGUCUGCAAGUUCGGGACAUUGGAGGGAAGAAGGAAGUUUCGGAACGAGAUGGAAGGGGGGUUACGGUACGUUCCCACAGGCUCGACUGACGUGGAUACCUCGGAUGCGGGUCACUCCCUUUGUUUAAAGGCCACAUACAUCAUCGCUCUCCCAGUCCACUUUCUCGUCGAUAUAAGGAGCGCGCGUUCAAGGAGUCAAGUCGUGACCGAGGAAGAGAUUCGCGAAGCAUUUGAUCUGCUGAUCACAACGACCACACGCGACACCGCCAUCUGGUCUCCACCUUGCUCUUGUCUCGGUGCUUCCAUCGUCUUUCUCUUUCGUUUUCUGCCCUUUUUACGUUCAACCCUUCAUUCCUCCUUCGAUCCGAUUCCGGGAGCUUCCAUUUGCGCAGUGCAGCUCGGUUUAAAGCGACGACCAGACGUGUCUCCAGAGCUGUUGCCAGGCCCCAUGUCCAACUCCAAUACCGCUGGAUCAGCUAUGACUCCCGCUGAGUCUAUUUCCGGAAAACCUACAAAGCAGCCCUCCUCUCCGCUCAAUCCCACACGCACCCCCGCCAACUCCCUUCCUCCAUCCAGUGCCGCUCCGUCACUGCCUAUUCCCCCUGCUGCGCGACCCCGGGGACACUCUUUUUCCUCCGUGUCAGCCGGAGACGCGAUGACGCGGUCUGGUUCAUCAUCACCGCAGCGCGCUGGCAGUCCAUCCUACGCUCAGCAACGGAUGGGGCUGGGAACCAUGGGCGCUAGCACAAGCACGAUCCACGUCGCACUUACUUCCCCAUCAACGGGCGUCUCCCAAUCGUAUCCCCCGCCGCCGAUCUCGGCCACGCGUUCGAGAUCGCGUUCUCCGGCCGGGGAUCGCGUGGUGGCCAGCAUGAUCCUCGAGAACCCGGCAACACCGCCGAACGCGCCGCCUGUGACGUGGUGGGGCCGCAACAUACCGUCUGACAGGCCCUGGAGAGAUCCUGCCUCACCUGUUUCGUCAAUUCAUUCGUCACCGUCGGGUAGUCCACGACCAGGUCCUGCCAAACUUCGCCGCCAACCGCCCCUGCUGAAGGCGAGAGAAGAGUCGGAUGAUGAGUUCGAGACGUUGGCGGGGCGCCCUGCUUUGACGAGGAGAACGACUGUUCCCAGGGAACAGACGCAAGGCUGGGAACGGACCCGUGUGCGCGUCACUGAAGCUUUGAAUGGUCUGAUUCCCGUAACACUUCUUGCCGCACACGAACUCCUUGUUAUUAGCACAGAUGUGCUCAAGUUCGCCCCAGUCCCCGGACUGGAAAUCGCGGCACAUUUGUUGCUGAACAUAUGGGACAACGUUCAGAGCGUCGAUAUGAAUCGCUUGGCGUGUCUGCGCCUCGCAGAACGUUGCGCGAAUCUGUUGAUAUCGAUUCUGCAGGAGGUGCACGACAUGGGCGAUAAAGUUGAGGCGGAGGUUGAGAAACCUUUGCGCAGGUUGGAAGAAGCAUUCACACAAGUCCGGGAUUUCCUGGUCAAGCAAGCUCAUCGCCCGUUCCUCAAGCGCUAUCUGAAGCGGACCGAGACCUUGACAGAGCUUGCCAAUUGUGAUAUUUCUCUAACUGAUGCGCUUUCAAUGUUCUCCUUGUCUGUGCAAAUGCGCAUCUUCAAGCAAGCCAAGGACACAGAAGAACGGCUUGAACACGACAACAAGGCCGUUCUCGAAGCCAUUGCCCGAGCUCAGCAGCAUAUGGGGUUGGGCUCCCCGGCGGAUCCGCAGGCGACCCCGCGGCAAAUCGCGGUUGAACUGCCGAUGGAUCGGGAGGAAGCGCUCGAGACGCUCCGAAAUCUGCACACAACCCAAAAUACGCUGGACUUUGCGCACGAUACCGCGGACUUGCGUGCGCUGCUGCGGGAUGCAUUGGCUCAGGGCGACGAUGCCGAGAUGCUGCGGGUGCUCCAGGUUGGCCGGGCUGAGAUGCCGGAGGCGCUCAAGGCGAUGCAGCGCGCGCUGGAGCGUGUGGCCGUGGCUCCGCCCUCGCCGGCUGCUCAGCUGCCGGUCUCCUCGAGCUCAGGCGUCGAGCUGCAACGAACGGGCACUCUUUCCAGCUCUCAUAGCAGCGAAAGCAGCGGAGGCCUGGGAGCUGUGCGGGACACUCUCGACCGCGAGUUCAUCGAGACGGGAAUUGACGCGUUGCGACGGAUGAGCAAAGGCGGGCAGCUGCUGCCCAGCUGGACGAUCACGCGAUACGAGGUCGACCGGGAUGUCAAGAUCGGGAUCGGGUUCUUCAGCGAUGUCUACAAAGGCACGUGGCGCGGCCGCAUUGUCGCCAUCAAGUGUCUGGCCGAGACCACGCCACGAGAGCUGUUCGUCCGAGAGGUCAACAUCUGGAAGACGCUCAAGCACCCGAAUGUGCUGGAACUGUACGGCGCCAGCGGGGCGAGUGGGGACGGCCCUUGGUUCUUUGUUUGUCCGUAUAUGCGGUUUGGCAGCUUGAGCGGGUUUCUGCGUCGUGUGGCUCAGCAGGGCGACGUCGCCAAAACGGGACGCGAGGGCGAUCUGUUGAGGUUCAUGCAUGAGGUGGCCAAGGGAAUGGAGUAUCUGCAUGCGAAAGGUGUCUUGCAUGGAGAUCUCAAGGCUGCAAACGUGCUCGUCGAUGAUCGCAUCCACUGCCUCGUUUCAGAUUUCGGCCAAAGUGAGAUGAAGUCGGAGGCAUAUCGGUUGAGCGGAAAUGCUCCGCCUCGCGGCACACUGCGAUGGCAGGCGCCAGAGCUCAUGCUUGGUUCGAGCGAUCUGACACCCGAGAUGGACGUGUACUCGUAUGCCAUGUGCUGCGUCGAGAUCCUGUCGAUGGGUCGGCUUCCCUGGCCCCUGAUGUCGGAUGACCAAGUGCGCAACUUUGUCCUCAAAGACAAGGCUCGUCCGAAGGUCCCAGUGACCCGAUUCGAUAGCCCAGCUCUGCACGACCUCCUCAGUGCUUGCUGGCACGACAAUGCAUCGUUCCGGCCCACGUUUGAAAAGAUCGUCAAGGAAUCAAAGCAGCUGAGGCGGGAUGCGGAGCUGCCUGUCGAGGGCUUCGACGAACUGGCUUCCCCGCCCGUUUCACCUGGCGCACAAGCACCAGAAUGGCAAGAGAUGGAGCGUGCGCACCCUUCACCCGACAUGCACCCGGUCCCACUUCCAAAGACACCGCCGAUGGACAUCCCGUUCCCUGUGUCCCCAGCGCGGUCUCCGGAGCUGGCGUCGUCGGAAGAGUCGUAUCAUACGGUGUCGCAGACGCCGUUGUUUACCCAUUAUGAGGAUACUGUCUCGGACGUUCCAGAGCCAGUGGUCUACACUGCCAGCUCCAGUCGAGCCUCUUCGAUCUUCACACCGAGCACCAAGAGCUCGUCGGCGGAGGAUCUUGUAGGAAUCCUGGAUUUCAGUGGCUACGAGUCACCACUGCCCCACAAUGAGCAGAAUUUGGCACUGCGGAACGAGCGACGGUACAGAUUGCUGCUGACGCACGAGUUCCAUCCUUCAUUGACACUCCCGCUGUGGUCGCCCUCUUCGGUCGCUGUGGGGGCCGUCGGCUAUCUGGCCAAGCCCAGUGGAUCCUUCGUGACGUUGUUGAACUGUUUCUAUCCCGACAAAGGCAAGCAUGCGGACAUGAACCUGCCCUCCGUCUACGGAUAUGGGCGAGUCACGACCGGAAACCAGCGCCAGGACAAGCGGACCGCUGCGCAGCGAGGGUUGGAUGCCAUCGCCGGCUUCCUCACGUUCAAAUCCAAGUCUACGCCGGGCGAUCUGCCCGUGAGCCGGACCAUCAACCGCCGCUACGGCUAUCCGCUGCGCACGGGACACAAGAGUGCAUAUCUGUGCACGGAGACGACGACGUAUCGGUACAUCGAGAACCUCGACGCACCGAAGAAAUGGUUCAAGUCGAACGCCGACACCAUUCUGCAGCACGUGCGGCCCGAGCACGGCAUCCAGAAGGAGGAUCUGUUCCUGGUCAUCGGGACGCUGGACUCGCCGGACCACGCGCUGUUCGUGUCGCACAACCACCCCGACGGCCAGGCGCACUUCAAUGUCUUUGCGACGCCGAAGAACGGCCAGCCGUGGGGCAGCUUCACGACGGACGCGGAGACGGAGCUCGCCGGGCCCGCCUACCACGAGCCCAUCCACGGGACACCGCUCUCGGCGUGCAAGAUAUCGGACACCGGCGAUCCGUGGAAGACGGUGCUCCUGGCGCGGCUGAGGUUCAAGCCGGAUGUCGCAGAACCCACCUCUCUUUGAACCAGUCUCUCUCGCAUGUCGGACAUCUACAAUCAGCAUUUACGGAAGCAAUGUACUUUUACUUUACCUACUGGACUGAAAUUUACGACCUUUUGCACGUGACUGAGAUUGUUCCUUCCUCCUCCCACUGGCGCUGCUCAGGGAACUUGCGCGUUCUGGCCUUAUGCGUCUGUCGAAACACGAAUGCAGGAAGAUUGCAGGACGACGCGAAAGGCAGGAAGGGAUAGCGCCGAGCACAAUGUCCUCACCCGCGCAGCGUCGAGCAUGUAGCCUACUUUGUUGGGUUGUCCGCUACCCGUCUCGGGAAUCCCAAUCGUGGGGGCCAAUUUCCGGGCCACUAGCACAAUUGGCUUGCUAAUUGGCUACUGGCUAUAGACCUCCGGUCCUCGAUCCUGGGCGUGG